GUCCGACGCUGUACUCAUACGGCCUGGCUUGUGUCAACGAAACGAAACUAUCUGUGGACGUGAACCGCAGAAUGAUUAUAUUCACCCGCACUUGUGCCAUGAUCUCUGAUCUGGUCUAUCUGGUGGUGACGUGGUAUCAUUCCCGGGAACAUCUGAAAGCUGUACGAAGCCUGGGGCAUCAUACAUCUCUUGCGAGUCUACUGAUGCGCAACGGAUAUCUAUAUUUCGCCAUCAUGCUCAUCUUGAACGUGAUCGAUAUAGUUACGUGGAUUUAUUGGUCUUACGCCGAAGUCAUAACAACAUUCAUGGUGCCCAUAUCAUCAAUUCUGAUCUCGCGGUGUUUGCUGGACCUGCGUAACGCUAUCGACAAUCAUGACGAUGAUAUCGACGUUAGUGAUAUAUAAUUCGAAUUGCCGCCUUCACGCGAUACGUCAUUUGUCCAGACAAUCCGGAAAGGGAUGCUCAGAGUAGCUUUUUACAACUGCCUUCCAUCGCAGAAUAAGCAUGCGCUACGCAUGCGAACUAGAACUUAUAGAGGCUUGUAUCAGAUCACGUCCAAUAGCGCGCUGCUUGUGCCUCCAGAGAUCAAACGAUUUUCGUGCCGUUGAGCAGCCGCAUCAAGUUGAUUUAUCCACCAAAAGCUGAGGUGCACGGAUAGCGAGCAGUUCACUGUUUGAUCCUUGCAGACCGGACAAUCGCUCACUCCGGACCAUUACAUGGUGUAAAUGAUGCGACACGAACUAUAUGAAGGCUUCGUAAAGCGCAGGAUCAUGGCAGGCGAAAGAAGUCUUGAUAAAC